AUGGUGGCUGCGGUUUGGUGCUUUUUUCUCAAAGCCAAAGAAGGGGUGCAUAAGGUUAAGGGAAGAGGAAAAAGGCAGGGACGGCACAUGGCGUCUGUUACGGGUGGCCGGGAGAAGUCGCGCUCUUCAACAGCUCCAUCGACAUUUGCGGCGUUACGCACCUCCAACCGCCAGAGAAGGGAUAUUAGCGAGAAGCGUCGAGUGAAAGGCAGCAGAACAGUGAGUGCCGAACGGAGAGCGGUGGAAAAGGAGAAUCUCCAAGCUCAGUUGACGUAUCACAGGACGCGUCUCGUGGAGAAGCUUCUUGAUCUUUACGUCCGCGAUGCCCUUUCAAACUCCUUUGCAGAGUUGCGGCGUAAGGAGAGAGAAAGGACCUUCCACAGGGCCCUCACUGCGUCAUUCUCGGAGUGGAGUGCAAGCGGCGAGGGUGGGCGCAAGUACACAGUAGGGCGGACUCACGCAACUAAUGGCGGACCCACUGCAAAUGUCUCGGAGAUGGAACGGAUGAUACGAGAACGCCUGCGGGAUGAGUACCGCGUGGAUGCUGCGCAUGCUGCAGAGCACUGGUUCACGUCGCCGCAAGAGGAUGGAUUUGUCUUUGUCGUGCUGCGUCGAUUAGUUUCCAUGACGCGGGAGGAGGCACAACAAGAAAUACGGAAAGCCGUAGCGCAGUACGUUGACCCACAUGUGAAGGCGUUUUGGGACCUCAAACGCCUGCAUCGAGUGACGGCUGGAUACAGUCUUUAUGGGAGUGAGCUGAGAAGUGUACAGGAGGCCAUCCACCGUGCCAUUGCAAAGAAGAGGGCGGAGUUGGAGAGACAUCGUGCCACCCAGACCGAGUUGCAGCGGGCGGAUCGCGUCCAUCGUGUGAAGACGGCUUUUUCCAUGUUGAAAAGAGAUGUGGGGGAUGUCUCCUCU